CCCUUAGCACACGGGUUUGUUUAUAACCACGUCACCAGGAAGUACAUCCUGAACUAUCCCAAUUCAAAAUGCAGAGACAGGACUCCCAGGACGCGCCUCUGUUCGGGGAGGAUUUCGACCAAAGCAGACCACGGUCGUCUAGAAUCAAACAUCCUCUGGCUUCUUUCUUCCACCUCUUCUUCCGAACGAGUGCCAUUUUGAUCUACCUGCUGUGUGACGUCAUCAGCAGUCGUUUCAUCGUCUCGAUGGUCGCCAUCAUCCUCCUGCUGUCAUGUGACUUCUGGACUGUGAAGAACGUAUCUGGCAGGUUGCUGGUCGGCCUUCGUUGGUGGAAUCAGGUGGAUAAAGAUGGAGGGAACCACUGGGUGUUUGAGUCGAGGAAGCCGAACACCACAUCCAGUGCUGAUUCACGGAUCUUCUGGCUCGGACUUAUCGUGUUCCCCAUCAUUUGGUUCAUCAUGGUGUUCAGCGCCAUCUUCUCCUUAAAGAUUAAGUGGCUGGUUAUUGUGAUAAUGGCCAUGAUAUUACAGUGGGCCAACUUGUAUGGUUACAUCAGAUGCAAGGUGGGCGGAGAGUCCAGCCUGAGAAGCAUGGCAAAGAAAUACAUUGGCGUCCAGAUUUUAAAACAGGCAAUGAAGAAAGGCGAGGGACAAUAACUUGAAGGGAACGUCGCAACCAAUGUGCAGAAGAAGACUGGAUGAACACAUUUUAUUUACUUGAUUCCAGUUUAAAAGGUGGCUGGUCCUUUCUGAGGGUAAAGGGAUUUUGUAUGUGUCGUUUCCUUUGAAAUAAUUGUUUGAAAACUUUAGGAAUAAUUCCCAAAAGUUUUCUGUAAAUUCCAAUUAAAUACAGUUUAGUUCCUUGAGCAAUUUUCAUUAAUUUAUUCUGAUAGUGCAUCAGUGCAGAGUUAAGAGAGAUUUUCAGUGAUGUCUUCUACCUGCUUUAUUUAGUGAGGAAAUCUCACUGACAUCAAGGUGUCUAUUGCAAACUGAACAAGUGACGUUAACACAAGAUACCAACAAGACAACUCACUACUGAAAACAACCAUCCAACACGCACAGAGCCAGUGACAUGUAUACUUCUGGAAACAUUAACAUGAAGGAGGGUGAUGUUACAAUGUGCAAUUUUGAAGUUUUGUCUCUGUUUGACAGCAUCUAUGAAUGUGAAAGGGAUAUUUUGGGAACACAGAUAAUUUUGUAAGUGGCUGCUAAUCAAACAUAGGAUGUGGAUAUUAUUACUGAUGUAGGUUUUCGGGAUUUGUACAAAAACUGCUCGUUUACUUAGGGCUUCUGUGUAAAUGAGACAAUAAAGUUUUUCACAUUUUAGAAAA